GUUCCCUUCCAUGAUCCAUCACGGAGAGGGUCUGCCCCAAAUUGCGCGUACAAAGCUCGCACCAAAUCGUUCUGCGGCUCCACAUGCACGCCGUCUGAUGCGAGAAGAUGCGAAACGGCGAGCGCGUCUCGGGUCCGGGCCCGCCAGAGACGAGCCGAACGGCAGCUCUCGAGCAAUGUUCACAGUUCAGGGGUUUUGGCAAGCCGCCCACGCGCCCACGCACAACGUACGCACCCACGCACAAUGCACGCACCCUUGAAGCCCGGAACCAGUGACUCCCAGGGCUCCGACUCUAUACCGGCGCCUCGCUGCGUGAUCUCGUUCUCGGCCUGUGUGAUUUCGUACUUGCCCAUAUACCUUCGUCGACGGGCGCUUGCUACCCUCUUCCCGCCGCCGGACCACGAUGCUCUCCUACCUGUCCUCGCUUAUCUGGGCUCAGCCGGCGACUGAACGAGCGCGUCAAACAGAAGACGGUACUUCGCGUCACAAACUCCAAGAAGACGAAGAAGUCCUAACCGCAGACAACGUCGAGGCGAUAUUAGCAAAAUACGACCACCCCGUCGUAGACCGCCUCCGGGAGCUCAUCGAGGUCGGCGGCGCGGGACACUGGCCCCCGCGCGCCACAUACGCCCCCACCUGGCCCGCGCCCCUCCGACCCUACGAGUCCAUCUACCACGCCGUUGCCCCGCACAUGACCGUCGCGGAGUCCUGCCUCGAUGAUGCGGAGAACCGGAAGACAAUCGACGCGUUCAGGGCGAGGUUGAGGGGGCUGCUGGAGGAGGGGAUAGACCUCCCUGCGGUCGAAAUCGUGCUCAAGGCGGAGGGUGGUGAUGAGGAGUUCACACCACCCGCCUGGAUGGGCUUCUUCGCCUGCAUUGGGUUUUUGCGGCACGCGUAUCGCUGGGGCGUCGUUCCCAUCGUCCGCGAGGCGCAGAACGAGCCCACGCUUGAGUUUCCUAGGGAGCUUGACGUGCCGUGGAAGGUGCUGCAGAGGCGGUUCGGCAUCACGAGCCCGGGCGGGAACCUGACCUCGAACGUCUACGCUAAUUGCGACUUCACGUCGGAUGCGCACACGGAUGUGGCGGACACCAUCUCGCCGCAGGGCACCACCGACGACGCCCCCCUCCACCUCCACUACGCGAUCAACGUCGCGCUGCCGGGCGUGCACCUCCGGACCGAGCAGUGGAACUCGAGGAUGUUCUACGAGAUGGAGGAGAAGGCCCUCCCCAUGUACCGCCUCAUGGCCCUCUCGAUAGCCCGUCUAACCUCAAACGACAUCCCCGGCACCCUCCGCGCCCUCGCCCUCGCCCACACCCUCCUCCGCGCCGUCCUCCGCUUCUUUUACGACAACCUCAAGGACGAGAACCUCUCGACCCCGCUGUGGAUGGCGUACUGCCAGGGCUUCCACGGGUGGACGCUGGACGGGGUCGACGGCGUGAGCGGGGGCCUGUCGUUGGUGAUAAGGGUGCUGGAUUCGUUUCUUGGGAUCAGGCCUUUCCCGAGCGAGGAGGUGGAGGCGCUGCAUCUACCGCUGGCACAGAGGAAUUGGUUGAACUACCUGCGGGAGUUCGAUAUCAGGAGGGUGGCAAGGGAGAGGGGCGAAAUGGAGGUCGUGGACGUGUUGGAGAAAAUGGUGGCGCAGUUGAGGAUCUGGCGCAUGGGCCACAUGCGCCGCAUGGUGCCCUACGAGGGCGUCGCAAGGCCGGAGCGGAAGAAGAUGACCGCAGGUAAAUCCGUGGUGGCGGACGAGGUGCUGGAUGGGUAUGGGAAGGGGCGGGCGGAAGAGGGCCUCGCGCCGGAGGAGGACGCGAUGGUGGAGCAUCUGAAGGCGCAGUUGGCGCAGAGGUUGGCGGAGACGCGGUAGACGACCCGGCUUGAAAAAAUGGUGAAGACACACUAGACUCAUUGCAUCCCUUUGUUCGCUCGUCCUCUUCAAGUUGUUCAUUUCCUAGAUCGACCAGUUCAUUUUAUGUAUCCCUUCGUUCAUUAUGUAUCCCCUCUUUUCUUCAUAUCAGCUAUCAGCAUCUAUACUCUUUCCAUCUAUACGCAUACAAGUACGUAGACUAUUCAUCUGUGGAAUUCAAGUAGAGCUUUCGUUCUUCC